UCAUUCAUUCAGAAGGUCUAGAGGCGAUUCAAUCGUCAUUCGGUGUAAAAGUUUAUCAAAUGCUGUGCUGUGUAUCGAGAAAAUCAGUCGAUGGACCGGGAUUUAAAAGACCGCCCUUGGUACCAACGCGUGGUAUAUCCUUGACCAACUCCACCAGCAUUUCCACUUCGUCCCUGACGUCCACCAAUACCAAAUCAAAAUGUUUACCUUUGUGUACAGACGCGAAUUUAUCGAAAUUAGAAAGAAUUGUUGAUAAAGAUGAACUGGCUGUUCUUCUGCCGUGUGCGAUAUGCGGACGGACCUUCAAGCCUCAAUCGUUGGAUAAACACACGAGAAUUUGCGAGCGAUCUGCCAUCAAAAAACGAAAGCCUUUUGACUCGUCUAAGCAGAGGAUACAGGGAACCGAGUUGGAGGAAUUUUUACCCAAGGAGAUUAAAAAACGGAAUUACGAGGAGAGGAGUUUUGGUAAAACAUCUUGGAAGCAGAGCCACGACGAGUUUAUUAAGACUAUCAGAGCUGCACGUGGGGAAUCUGUUGAACCAACACCUUCCCGUCAAUUAGCUCCGAUAAUCGCUCCUGGAGCACCGACCCGGGCCAAUGAGAAGGGCAUAUGUCCGACGUGUAAUCGUCAAUUUGGGAUAAAAGCUUAUGAUCGUCAUGUUGCCUGGUGCAAGGAUCGAGUCACGAGGAUGCCAUCGAGUCCUGCAACGAAUAUGGCGAAGGAACGUCUUGAUGCUAGAAUGAAGUACCGAGCACCGAUGCUCAAGAACCGACGCAUGACGAAUCGCGAUAAGUACUCAAGUUCUCAUUUCAAGAAUCCAAGCGCGAGUUUGAAACCGAAGAAAACUGUGUCACUCCCCAGCUGCGGGAAAACCACGGAGAGCGGCUCCUUGGGUCUCAAACAAUCAACGGUUCCAGCGAGAAAAAUCGGACAAGAGAGAAAUGAGGGACUGGUACCAGUGGGACCGGUAAAGUCGCGGCUCUCAGACAGAUCGACCACCAGGAGUUCCGAGGAGGACAAGCGUCCAGCCUGGAGCAAUUACAUUCGCAGACGUCCAGAUUUUAAUCUCAUACUCAAGGGUAGAACUGGGAUCAGCCCGGAUUACGAUCCAUUCCUCCGAGCCGAGCAGCAAAUGCUGGAUCUCCUAUCGGACACAUACAGCGACCAAUCAUUUCCCGAUUCUCCAGCCACUCACAAAAAAUCACCAUCUCCUAAUUACCCCCUCCCCCACUCAUCAGCAUUCGCUAAAUACCCAAACAUCACCCCAGACAACCGUAAAACAGACAAACGAGGUUCUCUCAUAGCACCCCCCACAGAGUUCGACGAUCUGUCAACGGAUUUUUCCUCAGACUCCACCGAGACAAAUUCCAUAUCUCGCGAGCUCUUCAUCGAUCGCAAUCAAGCCAACAAAAAUAACAACAAUCAACCGAUUCUUGGCAGACGAAUUAUCAUCGAUAAAUCUAAAGCCCUGGGUCAGGUGAGUGAUGUCUUUGGCGAGGCGAUCGACACCAAGAGCAAAGAGACGACGAAAAAAAAUGAUAGAGUCUCUCCAGCUGUUGUUAAAUCCCACAUCAAUCGAUCCAACUCGGUGAGGGCUGCUUCAGCUCCUAAAAUUCCAGAGAGGAAUAAUCCCUCGUCGUUGUCCAACACCAGAGCAAAUUCCAGGUCGAACUCGGGGUCUGGGAUGCCCAGUAGAAACAAUAAUUAUUCCAAUCUCGGUGGAAGUAAUUUGAGCUUGACCUCUAUUAUUUCUUCCGAGGUGGAAUUAAAACACUCCAAUUCGGUUUUUGAGGAUCUCGUUAGUUCGUUCGAGGAUGAUGUUUCUGGCUCUUUUCCUUCCUUGAGAUCCUUAUUGAAAAAUGAUUCCUUCUCCAGUCCCAUUCAGCCCAGCAGAAAUGGUCAGAUCAGUGAUGAGGACUUGUCUUCGCCAGACAGUUAUCACAAAAAGGACUACAGCAAACUCAGUGCUGAUUCGGCUUACAGCAGUUUAAAUCGAAAAUAUUCCAAUGGACGCAGCACCAAUGACGUGGCCGGAAAAUUGGACGGACAUACGCCACUCCGUCAUCGAGAUGUGGAAACGUCAUCAUUAAAAUCGAAAAUGUCAAAAUUUUGUCACGAAUGCGGAACGAAAUUCCCGGAAACGGCGAAAUUCUGUUGCGAGUGUGGGGUGCAGAGGCUAGCGAUCUGAAGAUAACACUAUAAUCUAUCAUUUAAAAAAUUAUAACUUCCGUUUUGUAAUUGACUUAGACUGAGGAGUGAUUUAAUAUGCUUUUAUCCGAUGAAUAAGUCGAAGGAACUUCAUUUUAUCAUCAUACCAUUUGUAAUAAUGUCUCUGACUGCCAUUUAAUUUAAAAACGUAUAAUUUUUAUAUCAAUAUUUUAUACAAUCUGAUGAAUGGUGCAGCGAAAUAAUCAAAUUGAGAAUUUUUGCCUAUUAAUGACGCAUUGAGUAUUAAUAUAAUUAACGCGAGUCUCUCAUGUACCGAGACACAAGAAAUGAGUGAAAGAGAAGAAUAAUUUUUCAUACUAGAUCAUUUAAAAAAUUGAAGAGUAUUUUAUCGAGUAUCAGAGACAAGAAACAUGAGAGAAAUAGUAUUUAAGGAUUUGUAUUCCGAGUAAUCACUAAUCUAGGUAGAAAAUUACUUUCUCUGUAUUCGAAUAUGUAUUUUUGCAAGUGCAAUGAAUCUACGC